CCCGCCCCGCGGGCCCCCGCGCCCGCCCCCGCGCGGAGAGGGGCCGCUCCUCGACGGCCUCGGGAAGGUGCCAGCCCGCCCCGGAUGGGCAUCGUGGAGCCGGGCUGCGGAGACAUGCUGACGGGCACCGAGCCGAUGCCGGCGAGCGACGAGGGCCGGGCGCCAGGCGCCGACCCACAGAACCGCUACUUCUACCCGGAGCCGGGCGCGCAGGACGCGGCCGACCGUCGCGGGGGUCCCAGCCUGGGGGCGCCCUACGCCGGGGGCGCCCUGGUGCCGGCCCCGCAGGGCCGCUUCCUCGGAGCCUAUGCCUACCCGCCCCGGCCCCAGGCCGCCGGCUUCCCUGGGGCGGGCGAGCCCUUCCCGCCGACGCCGGGCGCCGAGGGCUACCAGCCGGGGGACGGCUACGCGGCCCCAGACCCGCGCGCAGCCCUCUACCCCGGGCCGCGGGAGGACUACGCGCUGCCGGCAGGGCUGGAGGUGUCCGGGAAGCUGAGAGUCGCGCUCAACAACCACCUGUUGUGGUCCAAGUUUAAUCAGCACCAAACCGAGAUGAUCAUCACCAAGCAGGGACGGCGGAUGUUCCCAUUCCUGUCAUUUACUGUGGCCGGGUUGGAGCCCACCAGCCAUUACCGGAUGUUCGUGGACGUGGUCUUGGUGGACCAGCACCACUGGCGGUAUCAGAGCGGCAAGUGGGUGCAGUGUGGAAAGGCCGAGGGGAGCAUGCCAGGGAACCGCCUGUACGUCCACCCAGAUUCCCCCAACACUGGAGCCCACUGGAUGCGCCAGGAAGUUUCAUUUGGGAAACUAAAGCUCACGAAUAACAAGGGAGCCUCCAACAACAUGACGCAGAUGAUCGUGCUGCAGUCCCUCCAUAAGUACCAGCCCCGGCUGCACAUUGUCGAGGUCAAUGAUGGUGAGCCAGAGGCAGCCUGCAACGCUUCCAACACACACAUCUUUACUUUCCAAGAAACCCAGUUCAUUGCCGUGACCGCCUACCAGAAUGCAGAGAUUACUCAGUUGAAAAUUGAUAAUAACCCUUUCGCCAAAGGAUUCCGGGAGAAUUUUGAGUCCAUGUAUGCAUCUGUUGACCCCAGCGUCCCCUCCCCUCCUGGACCCAACUGUCAAUUGCUUGGGGGAGACCACUACUCUCCUCUCCUCCCCAACCAGUAUCCCGUUCCCAGCCGUUUCUACCCCGACCUUCCCGGCCAGGCCAAGGAUGUGGUUCCCCAGCCUUACUGGCUGGGGGCCCCCCGGGACCACAGCUACGAGGCCGAAUUUCGAGCUGUCAGCAUGAAGCCUACAUUUCUGCCCUCAGCCCCUGGGCCAACCAUGUCCUACUUCCGAAGCCAAGAGGUCCUGGCGCCUGGAGCUGGCUGGCCUGUGGCUCCGCAGUACCCUCCCAAGAUGGGCCCAGCUGGCUGGUUCCGCUCCAUGCGGACUCUGCCCAUGGAACCUGGCCCUGGAGCCUCAGAGGGGCGGGGGCCGGAGGACCAGGGCUCCCCUUCCUUGUGGACUGAGAUCACCCCCAUCCGGCCGGAGUCCAGUGACUCAGGACUGGGCGAAGGAGACUCUAAGCGAAGGCGUGUGUCCCCCUAUCCCUCCAGUGGGGACAGCUCCUCCCCUGCGGGGGCCCCCUCUCCUUUUGAUAAGGAGACCGAAGGCCAGUUUUAUAACUAUUUUCCCAACUGAGCAGAUGAGGAUGAAAGGAACAGCGAGAGUGUGAUGAGGUUGGGGGACGCUGACUGGCGUUGACCACAGACUCAGGACUGAGCGGGUCCCCAGCUCCCUCUGCCCCGUCUCCUUUUGUCGUUGGUGGAGGAAGAGGGUGGGCGCAGAAAGAUUCUGGGGUUCACUUGCGGCUUCCUGGCCCACAAGGAAACCUGAGAGGAGUCUGCUGCCCCUUCCUCCGCGCGAACUACAGUCUUUUACCUGGUGCUGCUUCUGGCUGUGGGUCCCCAGCUGGAGAACAGAAAACGGACAACAGAAGUUCUGGGACACGAAGGAGCUUCCUCUCUUCUGCGGGGUGGGGGUGUGGGUGGGGGUCAGGGUCGGGGUCGGGGUCAGGGUCAGGGUCAGGUGGGACUGGAGACUCAGAUCUCUUCCUUUGCAGAGGAACUUUGAACUUGUUUGUGCGUGUGUUUAUGCCCUGAUCUGGAAAUAAAGACACAUGAGUUUGAUAACAGCCAGCCAGCCAGCCAGGGUCAGUGGGAGGAGCCAAGUGAUGCUGGGCAACUGGCCUGGGCUCCGCCAGCUCAGAGACAGUGGGGUCAUGAGGAAGGGGCUGGGAAGUGGGGGGGACAGGGCACCACUCAACAACAAAGUCUUGGGUGGUAAUGGGGUGCGAAUUUGCAUUUUUCUGUUCUCUUUUUUAUUUUUAUUUUUUUGGAAUGGCUAUUUAUUGUACAGAAAGUGGUGUCUGGAUAUAUUGCUUUUGUCUCCAUCACUUUCUGAAAAUAAACACAAAACUG